CUCUGAAUUAUACGAUAGCGCACGACCACAACCCUUGACACACCCCAGUGCCCCACGUCGCAAGCCCAAAUACAUUACAAAGUGAAGUAAGGAACUAAGCACAACUCAGCAAUCUACAAGCAUGUCAGUCGUACAUCUUCAGAGCGUGGAGAUCCUCAAUGCAAAUGCAGCUUUCGCUGACCCGUAUAUCUUCAAGAUUACAUCCGAGUGCAUCUCUGAGCUGGCAGAGGAUAUUGAGUGGAAGCUCAUCUACGUUGGAUCAGCCGAGGAUGAGAAGUACGAUCAGGAAUUGGACAAUUGUCUCGUUGGGCCUGUGCCGGUAGGCGUCAACUCCUUCGAGUUCGAAGCAGCCGCUCCCUCCCCCUCCAAGAUCCCGGCAGAAGACCUGCUAGGCGUGACGGUCAUUCUCCUCACUGGGUCCUACAAGGACCAAGAAUUCAUUCGUGUGGGCUACUAUGUCAACAACGAAUACGAAUCGCAAGAGCUCAAGGAGAACCCACCAGAGAAGGUAGACUUGACAAAGGUCAGGAGAGAGGUGCUGGUGAGCAAGCCCAGGGUGACGAGAUUCAAUAUCAAGUGGGACACCGACACAGCAACAGCAGCAGACGCUUCAUCGACGGCUCCUGGUGGAGCAGCUGUCAAUGGCAACGCUGCCUCGCUCGUGGGAGAAGAGGCUUCGCUUACAGCACCACCAGCAACGGGCGCAGAGGCUUCAGCCGCGGCAGACAAGGUGACGUACAGGGAAGAGGAAGAGGAGGACGAGCCUGCGGCAGGAGGAGCAAAGGAGGCAGCUACAUCGAGCUUCCGACCCGUCAGCGUAGCAUGAGAGUGAGG